AUUCAGACAGAGUCAGGGGGGGGCGGGGGCAUUCUGUGGUUAAACUGUAGGAACGCCACUUUCUGCCAUCUGUGCGUGUCUCUUACAGGAAUCCAGGAUCUCGGAAACGACCCUUUAGCGGAUGUUGACAGGAUGCACAUCUUUCCUUCGCUCCUCACACUUCCGGCGACUUCCUGUAUAUAAGGAGGUGGUCCUCGUGCUUCCUCGUCAGUCGAGGAGCUCCUCGAGUUCGAGAAGCAGCGACAAUAACAGCAACCACCUGUCGAUACAUUAAGCCAUGAAGUGCCUGGUCUUACUGCUAUUCACUGCAUUAACUGCAGAAGCCACCAGAAGUGUUCCAAGUCAACAGUAUUACCAACCAAGAUAUUACCGUUACCACCAUUACCAACCGUACCACUAUUACCAUCCUUACCAUCAUCCCAAGCACUACUAUCACAGCUACUACCCUCAUCAUCGUCCCCAUCUGCCCAACCAUGGCAGAGAAACUCUGAAGGGCAUAGCAGUUGCCAAACAUCCUGGAGGAGGAACCUCCUACGUCAGCAAUCAGGUCUUCGGUCUCAGGGGAAAGAGGUCAGCCGACUAUGGACCGGGGGUGAUGGACCAGGUACAAAGAGCCAGCUAUGGACCAGAAGUAUUGGACAAGGUCUUUGGUCUCCUAGGAAAGAGGGCAGUUGAGUAUGGAUCGGAAAUAUGGGACCAAGUCUAUGGUCUUCAGGAAAAGGGACCAGCUGACCAUGGACCAGGAAUGCUGGACCUAAGAAGAAAAUCAUCUGAUAAUGGACCGGAGGCGUUGGGCCACCUGGAGUCGUUUGCUGAUGUACCUGAGGUUCUUUAUCAAUAUGAUUCACCCACAGAGCAAGAUGACUUCAGAGACAAUGAUGAUAUGACAGUGUUCGAGGUCAGAAAUGGAGAGAUUAGUGAGAAAAAUGGAGAUAUUACCAACAUGAAGCCUUCUAAUAAGGAUUAUUCUUCUCCUGAUACAACAGAUUUGCCAAAUAGGACAUGA